AUGGGAAUUCUCACAUAUUGCGUUGUUACUGGUGUUAGCGCCCUUGUCGCGUCAACCGGUGUUGGUGUACCUCUGUUAGGUGCUAUUGGAUUUUCCGCAGCUGGUCCUGUAGCAGGUUCCCUGGCCGCUGGUGCCCAAGCGUUUGUUGGCAACGUUGCCGCUGGCUCCUUUUUCGCUGCUGCCCAAGCAGUCGCCAUGGCGCCGGUUACCCCCUAG